ACCGGGCAUGUUACCAACGCUUUUGCUCACGUGAACGACGCGUGGCUGACAAAUCCCGCUCGUUUGGUAAUCAACGCAUCCAGACUGCAGCCUGGAAGCUUUGCGUCGGUCGACGUUGUCCGUAGCAACGUUGACGCUGCAGUGCCAUCCUAGCCAGCCCCGCCUGGACUCGAGUUGAUCGUCGUAUUCACGCCUGUGCCACCGAGAUUAAGCCGAGACCAAGACACAGCGUGCUGCAGACCUGGGCACGGUCACAAUGAGCAAGGUCGUCUUUGUCGGAAAUGUUCCGUACCACAUGGGGGAGGAGCAACUCAUCGAGGUCUUCAAAACAGUGGGCCAGGUCGUUGGCUUCCGACUUGUAUUCGACAGGGAAACAGGAAAGCCAAGGGGAUACGGCUUUUGUGAAUUUGCUGAUCACGAGACUGCCGCCUCUGCUGUGCGAAACCUCAAUAACGUAGACGUCGGUGGCCGACCAUUACGCAUUGACCUGGCAGACUCCGAUCCAUUCCUAGAAGGAAAAACGACAGUGCGUGGGGAGUUGAUUGACGACCCCAGAGGACAUUGGCGUGAUCGCCGCGACCGAGACCGACCGGAUCGUGAACGGGAUAGGGAAAGAGAUAGAGAUCGUGAACGAGACCGAGAUUACCCUAGGGACAGUCUGAAAGCUCAAGACCCCUCUGCUUUCUUGUCCACCCUCCCUCCAGGUGUUCCCAUCACUCCUGGAAUGAAUGCUCUGGAUUCAAUCAGUCAAACCCUUGCUACGAUGAAUCCUACCCAAUUAGUAGAAGUCCUAGCACAGAUGAAGGCCUUUGUGAUAACCCAUCCGGAGCAAGCGCGAUCCCUCUUGGUGGCGCAUCCACAAGUUGCAUAUGCACUAUUCCAGGCAUUGUUGUUACACAAGAUCGUGGACCAGUCCGUUCUCCAGCGCAUGCUGCAAGCAACUACAUCAAGUAGUGGACCUACGGCGCAGACACAGCCUUCCCAGUUGUCCUACCAACCCCCCCCAAUGCAUGCACCUCAGCCUGUCAUGCCUCCUGCAAUGAGUGUUCCGCCGCCCACGGUGCCAAACAUGUAUCAGCAACCCCCCUCGCACCUUACUUCACAACACCCCUACUAUCGGACACCCGCACCCCCCCAGCCUGCUACCCAAUCUCAGGCUCCAUCUUCGCUGCCAGAUCUGAAUAUCGAUCCUGCUCAAAGGCAAAUGCUGUUGCAAGUGCUGAGUUUAACCCAAGAACAAAUCAAUGGUUUGCCCCCAUCAGAACGGGAUGCGAUACAGGCAUUACGCAAUCAGUUUAUCGGAGGUAUCACUUCCUGAGCACCCAAUUCACAGUACUCGACAGUGAGCAAAUACUCAAAAAUGGUCACAAUGGCACAUCCGUUGUCAAGGUCCACCGAAACAUCUUGUCAAAUUCCAACUAUUCUACUUGCUGUACUUACAUAAGUUUGUUUUGGAGACUCUUCGAAUUCUUGAGUGCCACCAAUUUGUUAGAAACAUCUUCCAAUGGAAUCAUCUCCCCCUUGGACUUCGUGCCGACAUCAUCGCGAUUACGA